AUGAAAUUGACGCAGUUGAAAGUGAAUGGAGCAUUGGUGAAUGCUUUUAUUGAAAGGUGGAGGCCAGAAACGCAUACAUUUCAUUUGAAGUGUGGAGAGACAACUAUUACACUUCAAGAUGUUUCUGUGCUACUUGGUAUUCCUGUGGAUGGAAGACCAUUAAUUGGAAAUACAAAUAUUGACUGGUUUGAGUUGUUUCAUGAAUUAUUGGGUGUCAUGCCUGACGAUGCUGUAAUUGAUGGGAACUCAAUUAAAUUGAGUUGGUUGUCUUCUCAUUUUGCAAAUAUUCAUGAUUUUACAGGCAACCAAGAAGGCCUUGAAAGAUUUGCUCGUGCUUGGAUCUUACGAUUCAUAGGAGGGGUAAUGUUUGUUGACAAAAGCAGCAAACAUGUGCAUUUGAAAUAUUUGGAGUUUCUGAGAGACCUUAGAGAGUGCAGCAGUUAUGCAUGGGGAGCUGCUGUUUUGGGUCACCUUUAUAGAGAGAUGUGCAUUGCAACAGACUAUAAUACUAAAUCAAUAGGCGGUUUCACUCUCUUGAUUCAAUUAUGGGCAUGGGAACGAUGCCCAACGUUAGCCCCCUCAGUUAUUCCUCCACAACAACAAAACGCGCCACUUGGUUACAGAUGGUUGGGAGGUGAAUUGCAUCACAUAGGCAAUGACAAUUUAAUUGAGUUUCGUCGUAAAUUAGAUGUCAUGAAACGCGACGAGUUUGUAUGGGUCCCUUAUGCUGGACAUGUGGAAAUGAAUUUGAGUCAAGGUGAAAUUGUCGAAACACUACAUUUUAUGGUGUCGCCUGUUGGGAGAAGGGUUUGUACUUUUGACGAUUUACUGCCAUGUAUCGAGAAGAUCACUCUUUUGUCUGAAGAAGAGGAUAGGAUACUUGAGGCACAUGAAGAUGCUCCCCCUUCUCAGCCAUAA